AUGGGGAAUGUAAUGAGCUUAAAAAUUGUUAAUACCUCCUGUUUAAAAAAGAACGAAAUUCCUUGGAAAUUUUCUGUGAGUAGGAAGUAAAUAAAAAAGAAAUAUAGGAGUUUGAUGUGCCAAAUCAAGAAAGUAUAGAAGGUUUGAACAAACAUUAUUCCUAUCGAUAGUAAUGAAACUUUAAUUUGUGUCUAAAAUUUAUAAUUUGGUAUGAAAACAUCUUUUUCUAUUACUCUUUGUUUUUCCAUGGAAUAUAUAAGAUGUGUUAAUGAAAGAUGUAGAAUCCAAUACAUCACACUUAACAACAUAUAUUCAAAAACCAACACCCUUAAGACCCAAAAACAGAGACCUUGCGAUUUUCAUCAACUAAUAAUUCCCUUAAUCAAUGAAUUAGUUAAGGGAAUAAGUUAGCUGCAAAUGACCUUAAAUUUAUCUAGAUUCUCAUUCGUGUACAGUCACAAAUCUGUUCCAGGAGAAUCAUGAUGUAAGAAGAGAAUCAGGCUGGCCAUAAGUAACUUCUUCAGAAUCAUGCUAAAGAGAUUAGAGGCAUUAAAAGUGUCACUUUUGUGUACUCUCAGAUGCAGUUGUCAUUUACCACUUCCAAGUUUCAUUAUCCUGCCCAGCGUUUUUUGUAACUCAGUCACUUCGUAUGAGUGGAUCUUGGGAAUGCAUUAGCUUUUCAACCCUUUGUAACUGGAACAACAUCAAUCACUCAAAGGAGGUUUGUUGAAUAAGUACGAGACGACAAUGAGAAGGAAAAGAGCAUUGGCUUAUGCAUUCACACAUCAGGUACUCUCAUGUGUACCAGAUAUAUCUUCUAUGCUAUUAUACUUAGGGGUUUAGAGGCUUAUGUGUAAUCAUUUAGAAACGUGCAAGACCAUUAAAGUUGAACUUCUAGACAAUGCAGUCUUUAAAAGCUCCUUAAAAUUCUAUGAGGCCUGAAGUUUGAUAUCUUCACAAUUGUAGCCAGUAGCAUCGGGUUGGUAUAAAUGCCUAAUGAUAUUAUCUGGCUUAUACUUGCAGCAAGACUUGAAGAGCAACCUGAAACCUGAAAACACGCUGUUCAUGGAUCCUAACAGCCCGGCUUAGGGUUGGAGCUGGUUGGAAAGGUGGAUGGCUGACCGGCCAUGGGAUAGCUCAGAGAAAAAGCGAAGCAACAACAAAAAGUCAUUGGUUAAGACCUCGAUCGACUAACCGUAAUUCUCAUGUAGGCGUAAAACCGCAAAAAGUUAAAUAUAUAGCUCGACUCAACCCAAUACACCAGCAUUCCCCCUGAAGCUCUUUGUCGUCGUCGAUGAAGCCGCUAUUGUCCCGUUCCGCUGCCUGGAAUCAAGCCACGAUGUUCGGAAGCUUCAAGGGACUCUCUCUUUGGAACUGAAACGAUCUUAUUAGCCAAGUCAUAUAUAUUCGGGAGUAGUAUAUAACACGUAAGAGUUCAUUUAACAUACAAAAACAGAAGAUUUGCAUUCAAAGACAACUGAAAACAAAACACAUGUCUUAACAAAUAAUAAAUCUAGAUCGUGGACCAAUUAUCCAAAUUUCUUACCUAAUCCGAGGAAAACAAACUGCCAUGAAUACCAAUUUGACAAAAAAAAAAAAUCCUAAAUUGCUUUUAAGAUGAUCAAUUGUCUUAUAAAUUUAAUAAUGUUGCAUUAAUUACGUUUACUAACACAACAGUUCAAUACUUUCUCUCAUCCCCAUGCACGAGGCAAGGAGCUAAUUUAUCUCGUCUCCUAUCAAAAACUCCAACCACAUUUCGAUUUCAUCUCAUCAACGAAGAAGAUGAACAACAACAAGAAGAACCCAGAUCAAAAACCAGAAAUGUCCUCAUCGUCGUCUUCUUCAUCAUCUUCCCCGAAGAAACAAACCCUCUUCAUAUUAUCCCUAAUCAUCCUCUGGUACACCUCCAACAUCGGCGUCCUUCUCCUCAACAAGUUCCUCCUCUCAAACUACGGAUUCAAAUUCCCCAUCUUCCUCACGAUGUGCCACAUGUCCGCCUGCGCCAUCCUCAGCUACCUCUCCAUCGUCUUCCUCAAGCUCGUCCCUCUCCAGCACCUCAAAUCUCGCUCCCAGUUCAUGAAAGUCGCGACUCUCAGCGUCGUCUUCUGCGCCUCCGUUGUUGGAGGAAACGUCUCCCUUCGUUAUCUUCCUGUUUCGUUUAAUCAAGCCGUGGGGGCUACGACGCCGUUUUUCACAGCGCUGUUUGCGUAUCUCAUGACGUUUAAGAGAGAGGCUUGGAUUACUUAUGGUGCUCUCGUCCCUGUUGUUACCGGUGUCGUGAUCGCUAGUGGGGGUGAGCCAGGUUUUCACUGGUUUGGAUUCAUUAUGUGCAUCAGUGCUACUGCUGCAAGAGCUUUUAAAUCAGUUCUUCAAGGCAUCCUACUUUCUUCCGAAGGAGAAAAGUUGAACUCGAUGAAUUUGAUGUUGUACAUGUCCCCUAUAGCCGUCAUUGCGCUUCUACCCGUCACAAUAGUAAUGGAACCAGAUGUGAUGAGUGUGACACUAUCACUCGCAAGACAACAUAAGUACAUGUGGGUACUUCUCUUGGUUAACUCUAUAAUGGCUUAUUCAGCCAACUUGUUGAACUUUCUUGUCACCAAGCACACCAGCGCACUUACCCUCCAGGUUCUUGGAAACGCCAAAGGAGCGGUUGCGGUUGUGAUCUCGAUCUUGCUUUUCAGAAACCCGGUCACGGUGAUGGGAAUUGGUGGGUAUAGUAUAACGGUGCUUGGGGUUGUUGCUUAUGGAGAGACUAAACGUAGGUUUAGAUGAGCUUCAGAGACUCCUUUGUCUCUGUUUUACUUCCUUUCUGAUGGAUCUUAGGAACUGAUGAAAUUUUGACAUAUAAACCUUUAGAGAUAUAUACUACAUACUUCUGAUCUCAUACUCAUUUUUUAUCUGAACUUUAUAUAUCGUAUUGUGUUAGAUUUUAUGAUCUUUUUUCCAUUGACCAUUGUUGUGUUUGAAUACACUUUCUCUUGUCACACUGUGUUCUUCAAAUAGUAUAUCAAUUUUAUACAAAUUCCAUUUGAAAAAAACCAUUAUUACGCACUAAGUUGAAUAUACACAACUCACAAUCAUGAGAAUAAAUUGUUAGCAAGAUAAAUUAUACUAAAUAACUUUCAUCUUCACAUUUUACCCGAAAAAAGGUUUUUUAUAACUUUUAGUUUGUUUCACUUUUUAGUUAGAUUAACAAAUUGUUAAACUGUUAUACUAAAAAAAAACUGUUAUAUUAAAAACAUAAUUGGGCCGAGGCCGGUUCCGGAUAUGGGUGGGUCUGAAAAA